AGAAUUUUAAAAAACAGGCUCUGGCCACUCUAACCUUUUAUUUAUUUCGUUCUUUCUUCUUGUCCUGCUAUUUCGUGAUUAUUGUUUACGAAAGAUGUCCAACGUUGGAAAAAUUCGUUUAAAAACAUUUUCAGAACUUCAAGCUACUGCAGAAAUAAGUUUAAGAAUAGAAACGGAUAAGACUAAACCAACGGAAGACAAUGGACAUCGCACACCGGAGAAGAAAAGCCCGCGAAAAAGCCGUGCGGCCACAACAGCGAGGAAAUCCAAGAAACAAGAGGGAAACCUUGGUGUAGUCACUGUCACCAGCACGGUAAAGCGUUCCUCCAAAAAAACGCCAUUGCCCGGCCAGAUGCGCAUUGAUGCCUUUUUUAAAAGCGCCUCUAAGAACUACAAAGUGGAAACCCCACUUCCUCCUAUUUCGUCCUCUAAGAAGAUUUCCCCACCAGUUGUCAAACGGAAAGAACCUGCAGGUGCCAAAGGACGCAAGCGGCUGUUCGACGAUUCAACCACAACAUCUUCCACAACCUCGACUUGGAGUGAUCACAAACCCCCACAGAAGCGAGUACAACCAUUAAGAUCUGCAAAGGGCAAGGAGAACCUCUCAGAACUAGAUGUUAUAGAUCUAUGCUCAGAGGACGAUGACGAACGGACGAUCAAGGAGGAGGAAAGAACGCCUAGCCCAGUGAAAGCAUCAAAACAAGUUGCAAUUUCGGAUCAAAAAACAAAUUCCGCCUCGUCAAAGCCUACUAGUCCAGAAGGUAGCAAUAGGUCCAUGUCAUUGCUGGGCAUGGGCAGCAAUGUGUCUAGUCCAGACAUAGGUCAAGGAUUACUAAGAAGUACCCCCAGCCGGAAAACAAAAGAAAUUAAAAAACCAAAAACUCCUCCGUCCACUAACUCAAAACGAAUUAAGAAGCCAACAACCCCUCCCGCCACAAACUCAAAGCAAAGAAAGCCGAAACCAUGUCCCCCUUACAAAGUAGUCGAAGGAACGACGUUCUGUGUGGAUGGAUUUCAGUUUGGCGAUGUGGCUGGAGUGACGCACUACUUCCUUACCCAUUACCAUGCGGAUCACUAUAUUGGUCUAACGAAAAAGUUCUCCCAUCCCCUCUAUAUGAGUCCCAUAACAGCGCGGCUUGUGAGGCUCUUCAUAAAAGUCGAUGAGAAAUAUAUCCAUGAAAUAGAUGUGGAUGAAACUGUAAUGGUUGAUAAUGUGGAAGUGACUGCCAUAGAAGCCAAUCAUUGCCCAGGAGCCGUCAUGUUCUUUUUCAAGCUAAGUUCUGGAGAAUGUAUUCUGCACACUGGAGAUUUUCGUGCCUGCUCUGAAAUGGAGUCGUUGCCUCUUUUUUGGAACAACACCAAUAUCGACCUGCUUUAUUUGGAUACAACGUAUUUAAACAAAAACUAUAAUUUUUGCCACCAAUCGGAGAGUGUUGAUCGAGCGUUGCACUUGGUUGGCGCUUUUAUAGAGAAAAAUCCUUUCAAACGAAUACUGAUUGUAUGCGGCUCCUAUGUUAUCGGCAAGGAGAAGAUCUGGCUAGCCCUUGCUGAGGCUUUUUCGCUGAAAGUAUGGACAGAAUCAAGCCGUAGCGAUGCUAUCAGUUGCCUGGGUUGGGAUGAUUUGCAGGUUGUACUUACAGAUGAUCCGACUAAAGCCAACUUACAUGUUAUACCCAUGGGAAAAAUCAGUUACCCGAGCCUGGUUGAAUACUUUAGUCAAUUUGAAGACCAAUACGAUAUGUUGCUGGGAAUAAGACCAAGUGGCUGGGAGAAAAACAGUAAGCCUUCCUUUGGGAAAAAGAUCAGCACGAUUGGCAUUGAAUACUCGGAGCAUUCCAGUUACAAAGAAUUAGAACGUUUCGUACGCUUUCUGAAACCCAAGCGAGUCAUCAGUACUGUACCCGUUGGUCGCGAUCUGUUCGUCACAGGAGAUGUGCCCAAAAUAUGGUAUCAGUACCAAGGUCCGGCCUCGAUGUUAAGCACAGGGUUUCAGCGGUCUAUAUCCACAUUCCUUACCACACCUAAACGAACUGUCCCAAAUGCAUCCGCCUCUGAGAUGAUGCUAAGUCCAUUGAAAGAAAGCUGUUCAGAUCACGGUGAGGAGGAUUCAAUGGAGUGCGUGUCUAUUGUGUCUAUAAAAUCAAGUGUAUCUGAAAACACAAAUAUUGGAGCUUGCCCUAUCCCAGAAAAAGUGCAUUUAUCUGAAACCCGGGGUACAAAUAACAAAGGUGUUAUUACAACCCGCACAGAAGAUAGCAAAGAGGCAAUCAAAAUGAAAGACAGCGCCAAAGAGCCAGCAAUUGUCAGAAGGUUAACAUCGGACGCCUCCGAUGAUUGGCUCUCGUACUCAUAGCAUUACCCAUUGUUGUCUAAUUCUAUGUUACUACCUAGUGCUAAGAAUUUAACUGUAACAGUAGUUUUAAGAAAAAUGUUUUUAAAAUGCUUAGGAUUGUGCAUGUCUUCAGUUGAGCUGUGAAAAAAUUGAUAAAAGACUAAGUUUUUGUUUCGCAUAUCCAUUUCUGUUCUUUCAUGUUAAUACAAUGUUUUUGAUAUAUACACACAGUUUAAUAUAUAUUAUAUAUAUUUUCAUUUAUAAUUUGAUGAAUAGGGCUGUCUUACACGUAUUCCUUAACGCCAACUAGUUCGGUGUGCCGGAUGCUCCGUAACUUCUACAAUAAAUUAAAUUAGUGUAUGUGAGGAAACAACUAAAUGUGUAUAAAUACAAAUAACAAUAGACUUUUA